AUGGAUAGUCUGCACACCAUCUAUGACAAGGAAACUAAAAUAUGGAGUGGUCCAGAAGUCCUGCCCAUACAUAAUAUCGAAUGCCAUUCGAUUGGUAAAAUUUUAUUUAGUCAAAUGCGUUUAAAUCCCAGAAAUGUGAUACAGAUUGAUGACUUCGAUGGAACAUCGGCCACAAGUGGAGAACUUUUGUCCUGGGGCAUACGUAUAGCACUGCAUUUAAAAAGUCUAAAUAUGGGCCAUCAGGAUGUUGUUGGCAUAGCAGCUCGAAAUACCACACAUUUGUCAUCGGCGAUUUUGGGAUGUCUCUUCAAUUGUAGUCCCUUUCAUGCGGUAAAUCCAAAUUUUUCAGAAGAUGCAAUUAGCCACUGCUUUGGCAUAACGAAGCCAAAAAUAAUUUUCUGUGAUGGUGAGGAUUAUGAAAAAAUUCUUAGAUUAACGAGAUCCUUUGAGCCCACAAUUUAUACGCUAUGUGAUCACAUUGAUGGGGUGCCAUCAAUAGUGGAUCUAUUGAAACCUUCGCAAAUGGAAAGGUUUUAUGAACCCGAACCUCUAACUCUGGGAGCCAAUCAAACUUUUGCCAUCCUCAGCUCUUCUGGCACGACAGGAUUACCCAAGGCUGUUAACAUAUCCGCACAUAGGAUUAUGAUUGAGCAUCCAUUCAUCAACAUCGACAAUAUAAUCUACACCUCAAGAGGCAUUGAUUCGUUAAGCGGCCUGGCGGCAUUUAUACAAAACUGCUAUACCGGUUGUACCCGGAUAAUAUCCCGCAAGCCAUUUCACACCACUGACUUUGUAAAAAUGACAAUGAAAUAUAAAAUCCAAUUGGCAAUGCUGAACCCAGUCCAACUCACAAAUCUUCUAGAUUGUCCAAUAUUUUCCAGAGAAAACAUGAUCAGUUUGAUUGCCCUGCAAUCGGGUGGUGGUUAUAUCUCCAAACAAAUAUUCGAGAAACUUCAAGAAAUUCUUCCCCAAUGUUUAAUUGGAGUGGGAUAUGAGAUCACAGAAGUCGGUACAAUUGCAAUAAACAUUGGAGAGAAAGCGUCAGCAUCGGCCGGAAGACUUGCUCCCAACAUUCAACUGUGUAUUGUCAAUGAAGAGGGAAGAAAUUUGGGCCCAAAUGAAACAGGUGAAAUAUUGAUACGUCAACCCUACCCAUGGUCAGGAUAUUAUGGCAAUACCUUGGGCAUCGAACAUGGCUUGGAUGCUCUUGGUUGGUAUCAUACCGGUGAUUUGGGUUAUAUGCACGAAGAGGAGGAGUGUCUCUAUAUUGUGGAUCGUAAAGAGGACAUGUUGAAAUCUAAUGGUUGUCAAUAUUUGCCAGGGGAAAUAGAGAAUGUCAUUCGAGAAUUACCCGAUGUGGUGGAUUGUUGUGUGGUGGGUAUAUUUGAUGAGGGAUAUGGUGAUGUUGCCGGGGCCUUGGUAGUUAAGAAAAGCUAUAGUCAAUUGUCGUCAUAUGAAAUUUGCCAACAUAUUCGAAAUCGUUUGAUGGAACCUCAUAAGCGGUUGUAUAGUGGGGUAUAUUUUGUUCAACAACUGCCACACAAUUGUAAUGGAAAAAUUUUGAAAUGCGAGGCAAGGGAAAUUAUUAUGUCAUUUAUGGAUGAAUCAUCAUUAGAUCGUUAA